CUGACAGUGAAAGUGCAUCCUUUCAAACUGUCGAAGCUUACCAGGGGGAAAGAGAGGGGCCAAGGUGUAUGUGACUUGGGAAUGGGUCUGAGUGGCUGAAACAGUAGAGAUGCUCCCGGAGAGAAGCAGGGCUGCUUGUUGAUUGGUCUGAAUCCUCCUGGGUGAAAUAUCAGUGAUGUAACUUCAGCUCCAACCUGAGAGAGCCCUGGUGUGGAGGGGGCGUGGGACCAGGGGGCCCUUGGACGAACCAAGCCCCAGCUGCCCCCCAGCUGCCCCCUCAGGGGAUGAGCGAGGUGGGGAGAUGGCCUCGACCAAGAGGGAGUGAAGCCAGGAGGCCCCGAUAAACAGGAAGCCCUCACCUGAGACGCACACCGGGAAGAGGACACAGAACGCGCGGAGCCCUCCCGUCUCAGGGUUGGUGGUGACCUUCCAGACGAAGGCUGGAUGUGGUCGCGCUCACACUUGCAAAUUUAAUACUGAUCAGGGAGAGGGGGCUGUGGAUCCAGAAAGAUGACCAGCCGGGAAAGCGGGCAGGUUGCUGCGGGGAAGAGCUGUGACUGACUCCAGGACGACCAUUUCCACGAACAUAUAAAGAAGACGCUGCUGAUAGAAUCUGAGAGGAAGGAAGCAGUGCCUGGUGCCAGGGCUCUGCAGGUGACAUUAUAAAUUGUCCUUCUAGAGACCGGCCUCCCAGACGGCUUCCAGAGAUGGAUCACCUCACCUUCCUCUUGGCAAUUCUUUAUGUGUACACAGCCCCAUGUGAAGAGAUUUCUUGGGACACGACUGUUAAGCUUGCUAAGAAUAUGAGCCUAGAAUGUGUGUAUCCAUUAGCGGACAGUGUAACCCAGAUUGAGUGGUUCAAGAUUAAGAUGGAGAGAGAGUCCAUGGCCAUUUUCAACCCUAUGUUCCGUGGGAUCAUAAGAAAGGCCUACACUGAUAGGGUCUACUUCUCAAAUCACACCGCGGCCUCUAAUGACAUGACCCUGACCUUCUACAAUGCCUCUGAGGCGGACGUGGGCUUCUACUCCUGCUUCCUGCAUACUUUCCCAUUCGGAGCCUGGGAGAAGUUGAUACGAGUGGUCCCAUCAGACAGUUUUGAGGAUGCUGGGCCACCAAAUAGCCAGAUGGUCUCAGAACCCGGAAAAAACGUCACGCUCACCUGCCAGCCUAAAGAGAAGAGUCUGUUAGAGAAAGUGUCAUGGGAAAAGAUCCAGCCCCAGCAGAUCGACGUCUUAAUAAGCUGCAACUUGUCCCACGGAAGAAGUUACACGUCCAAGUACCCAAGACAGAUACUGAGCAACUGCAGCCACGGCAUGAAAAAGGCCUUUGUCACCAUACCUAAUGUUACAGGCUCCGACUCAGGACUCUACCGCUGUGGCUUCAAAGCCAGCACUGGGGAAAAAGAAACCUUUGUGAUAAGGCUGACCGUAACCGAUGGUGAAACCAAGACCCCACACAUCCUCUUUGUGGCUGGUGGGGCAGGUUUGCUGUUGCUUAUCCUAAUUAUCACCGUCACUGUCAUUACUUAUAAGAGAAGGAGAAGGCAACAGCAAAGAGGCCCAUUUAAAGAUUUCUGGAUCACACAGAAUAGGGCAGCCAACAACUAUAGGAGUACCUUCCCUGCCAGUCCACCGUCAGAUGGUGCAGGAGAGGACAUUUAUGUCAACCACCCAACCUUCUCUCGUGUACCCAGGGCUAGAGUCUAAGCCCCUCAUAGGAGAAUGUAGAUGAUAACUAUUAUGUACAUGGAUCAUCGUACAAUUUCUUCCCACUAUUUAAUGUCUACCUUGGAUAUUGAUUGAUCAAAUUUAUUUCAUUUGACAAGAAAAAUACUGCCUAACCAUGGAGAGCAUUCUUAACAGAUAUGUUUUAGAAAACCUGACUCUAAUUAGCUUAUACAUUAAAGGAAACAUUGAAUCAUAUAAUGGGACAAUCCAGGGAAGAUCAAGCUUCAGGGAAGGGUUAUUUGCCAGGGCUUAAAGAUUAUGUCCAGAAUUAAGAAUGGACAAAAGACAGUUUCUGGAUCCCCUUUCACAGCAUUGGAUCUACUUCCCUUGAUGUUAGCCUCACUCUCCUUCAGGCUUUCGGCUUGUGUUUCCAAGAUGACUGCCGACAACUCUCAGCAAGUCAUAAUCCUUGCUUCUGCCUGGUAGAGAGCAAGCACAUUCGAUGACUUGUCCAUCAUUAAGCAGUCAUCAUGGCCAGAAUAUUCAUUGGAAGGACUGAUGCUGAAGCUGAAGCUCCAGUACUUUGGGCACCUGAUGGGAAGAGCUGACUCACUGGAAAAGACCCUGAUGCUGGGAAAGAUUGAAGGCAAAAGGCAAGGGGGGGCAACAGAGGUUAAGAUGGUUAGAUAGUAUCACUGACCCAGUAGACAUGAAUUUGAGCAAGCUCCAGGAGACAGUUGAGGACAGAGGAGCCUAGCGUGCUGUAGUCCGUGGGGUCACAAAGAGUCGGACAUGACUUCUCGACUGAACAACUAUAGCAGCCGCAUGGCCAAAAAGGGUGACUGGGCUGAGUCAGUUUAGGGCUUGCCUCUAGAGCUGUGCAGUAGCGGGCCCAAGUCUGUUCCUGGGAAGGAGAGGGGAGGAGGCUGAGGAGGGUGUAAGGAAGGAGGAAACGGGAUCAAAGAGCAGGAAGGUACAGAGAAACUCCUUUUGCUUCAAAGUUUUGACCAGGUACACAGUUUGGCCUCAUGAUAUGACUCACAGAGCAAUUAGACCAUGCCUGUCAUUGUCCAAAUUCUAGAUGGAAGCAACAAUGAAAAGUAUUUGUGAAACUCAGUAACGGUCAUGGUCACCUUGAAACCACAGUGAUUUGGUAAUGACCAAAUACAGUGGUCAUUCCUAUCUCAUGUCCUCAUUACUCAUCUUUAAAAGACCCUCAUUUCUAAAAGAUUCAUCUCAAAGAUUCAUUUAGGUUUCAAAGUUGGAGACUUGGCAUGAUAAUCUGAAAUGAACCCAAAGCAAAUUCUCACAUUGUCUAGACAGAUUCUUAAGCUGUAAUUUACAGUUUUAGCAAGACAGUGGAUAUGUUGUGGUUUUAUCUUUAAAUACCAUGCACACCAAAUAGUGCAAUUAUUCUGUGAAUUAUGGAAACUGUGAGUGCCCCUAACUGUUUCAGAAGGGAAAGAAUGAAAAUGACCACUCCCACUUGUAGUAUGUAUGUGCAAUGAGAGUUAGCUGUCAUUUUUGUUUGCUUAUAGAUACUUAUAUCUGGAUUCAAGAAGUGUUUCCACGUUUGUAACAAUGUGGGCAGGCAGUUUUACAAGAAAACCAUCUACUGUUUUGUUAACUAGAUCAGAUCUAUGAAAGUGUCUGACUCUAUCUGUUUGCAUGGUGAAGCAAACUUGGCAUCCUUUAAAAGAUAAAUGACUUCUUCUUCCUAAAAGUUAAUCAAAAUAUUACUUUCUGGGAGAGUCUGAUAACCAGUCCUCAAUGACUGAAUGACAUAGGUGAGAAGUAAAAAAUUUCUACCAUGGCAACAUGAUUUCAGGGAGGAUUUUUAUGUAAUCCACUUAAUGUGUGGUUUAUGGAAACCACAAUAUUGGAAAUUUGUCUCUUUUUCCAUGGAUGUUUUAAACUUUUUAAAAAACGUCUCUCAAAACAGUUAUGAGAAUUAUUUACACUGUUCCUUCUUUUCUAAAUUCUUCAUCUCCAGGGUCCAGAAUUUUUAGGGACUUGGAACCUUCUUAAGUCCUGCUGAAAGUUCUCCAACCUCCUCUGUAGAUCCUGCUACACUGUCAGCUCUAAUGCCAUUGAAACUCUGUUCAUUCAUUUUCCUUGGACAUCUUUACCUAACAAAGCACUUUCAUUGUAGUCUCUUUAAUACUAUACCUAACUUGCUGGAAUUGUCAACUGUACCUAAUAUAUUAGGGUUGACAAUUAUGCCUACUGUAUAUGUAUACAAUAUAUGGUAUCCAUAGUAGGUAUAUGAUAUAUAUAGUAUGUGUGUAUAUAUAUGUACACACACUAGUGCACACACACACAUAUAUAUAUUUCCCUAACCUAUUGUACCUCUAUUCCAGUUGUUACUAAGGAAACAGGUCCACAGCAUGAAAGGUCAGAAUUGAAUUAAAUUAUGUGUUAAAUCUUUUCUGCAAGGUGCUAUUUAGGAAACAAAUGCUUCCUAAGGUUCUUUUUUCCAUACAUAAUUUUUAUUGGUACUGUGUUAAAUAAAAUCUGUGUUUUCUUUGAAUGCCAUUCUUUUAGUAUCUGCAUUAAAGUAACCAAUUACAGGGAUUUGCUCUGUGGUGACAAGGUAGGUAAGUUUGUUAAAUGCCAUCAUAGAGUACAUAGUUUUGUCAGGGGAAGAAGACAUCUUAUUAGCCUACAAUGAUUAGGUAUUGAUUAUAUUAUCAUCAGAGAGAUCUUGAACAUUAUUUAAAAGCCUUUAUGCACACUGGAAAAAUAGAAUAGGAAUUUCGUUAACUUGAAAUCAUGCUUAUAAAUGGGAGGCAGGUGGAUGAGGUUAUAAUUUGUAGCUAGUAAAUAUUCAUACUUGUAAAAUUUUUAAGUAAUUAAGUUUAUUACUAAAAUAUACAUAUACAUUUAAAAUAUAUUAUCCAUUUAUGCAGAAUGAAAUAAAAAUAACUUUUAUUGUAAAUAACCAAAUUAUGUUUGUUUAUCUAAAACUGUAUUAAAUAAAAAGUCCAGCUGCAUUGCAGUAAUUUUCUAAUUUGGUAGAGUCCACAUUGAGAUUAGAAGUCACUGUAAUCAAAGCGCUUCUCCUUGAUUUUUAAUAAUAUGCUGUGUUUUGUACCACUUGUAUGAAUUUCAGCAAGAUUAAAGAUAUUGUAGAAUACAGAUGCUUAUAAAGUAUGGGUGGAGGUGCUAAAUUGUGAGUACAAAGUUAAGCUUUUUUCCACAAUAAUGAUAAGAAAAUAUCUUUGAAAAAAUAUAAAACAAUAUAAACACACAUUACCAUUGUUUUAUUAUCAUUUGUUAAGUCAUUGUUAGAAUGUCUAGAAAGUAUUGACCUUCACAUUUAGGCUUUUUGCAAAAAUUAGUAUACUUUUCCACUGAUCUGUCACUGGAUUAUUCUAAAUCGAGUCUCUAAGCUCUUAUGCAUUUUUCUUUUGCUAGUCAUCCAAUAGGUGGAACUGUACCUUCUAGAAUUAACUGUAAUGCUUUCUAAAAUUAUUUUUUACAAAUCUUCAAGGUUGGUUUACGUAUUUUACUGUCCCAGGUUUAAAGCACUAACUAUGUUGUAAGAAAAGAUCUGAUUUGUGGGUAUGGGUAAUAAAUGUCUAAAAUAA